AUGUGGGGCCGGCAGGACACCCACCUGUACUUGGCCGACAUGGCGUCAUGCCAAUGCAACCAGCAUUUGGCAAACAGCGGUGUCCUACUGGUCGACCGAACGGACAAGCUGGCGUCCGAAUCUGCAUUGCGGAAAGUCCAGCGGUUCCUUUUGCACUGUGGUUACAACCGUGGCAACAAGAAGGGGAAAAAGUCCCUGGCGUUGACUGAAAAGAACACCUUGCUGCGUGACCUAUAUGUCAGACGUAUGUGCGUGGCCACACAACAUAUCGAUCCACGCAACCGCAGAACAGUUUUCUACACAGACGAAAGCUUUGUUCAUCAUCACUACAACAAAAAUGACAUUUCCCUGCAUGACCCUACCGACGAGUUGGAUAUUCAUCAUUCCAACUUGCAGCCUAUCGAGGUUGUGUGGGCUAUCAUAAAAGGAAACGUCGGAAGACGGUAUCAAGACGACACAACAUUUCAGGAAGUUGGCCAGCGGUUGGAUGCAGCGUGCGCCAACUUGACGUCGCACUCUAUCUUUGGUUACAUUCGAAAGGCGGAGUACGACCUGUUAGAUCUACAUAGACAUGUGUCAUAUAUUGACGACGACAACUACCAAGAGGACAAUGAAGUGGCAGGCGACGGAUCGGACGGUACCGUGUCCAGUUCGGCUUCUCAAGACUCAGCCAACGAUGCUGGAUUUUAG